AUGUACACCUACACUCCCACCUCCAAGUUCCUUGUCCUGGCCCCUACCGAGUCGGCUCCUCUCUCUACCUCGACGCAGGUUCGUGAGCGCUCCAGCAGCCAGUCUUCCACGACCAGCGAAACUGCGCAGCGCCCUGGAUUCAGUCGUCUCCCUAGCGGCUUCCUCUACCUGGGCGUCGACACCCGCGACGCCGCUUCGCCUAGCAACUAA